UUCAGAUGCCUGUGGAACAAGCUUUCACUUUGAUGGUUCAGGUCAAUAACCAGUACGGCGUGCGUGAGUUGAUCCUGAACGAUUUCGAGGGACUUCACAUGCGGUUGUAUCAAUUGCAGCGAAUCAUCCAAGACCAGCUACCCGAUUUGGCGAAACAUUUCACCGAGCUCGGUCUAGAGACACACAUGUACGCGAAUCAGUGGUUUCUCACAUUGUUUACUGCGAAGUUCCCAUUGCCUAUGGUGUUCCACAUUGUGGACUUGUUUUUGACAGAGGGUAUGAUUUUCAUCUUCAGAGUUGCGUUUUGUCUGCUGCGGUUAGCAAGACGCGACUUACUGGGUCUGGAUUUUGAGGGUGUCUUGAAAUACUUGCGCAUCACGAUGCCCAAACGGUUCAUAGAUACGGAAUGUGGUUCCGAACUGCUGUCCGCUGCGGUCACUGCCAAGAUUACAUCAUCCAAAAUGCUAAAAUACGCCAAAGAAUGGGAGGCUUUAAAAUCCAGGGGAAAACCUCCCGAGUCUGCUGUUCAAGCUUUGGAACGUCAGGUAGCUACCUUACGUAGGGAAGUGAGCCGGUUGGAACGGGAGAAUGAAAGCCUUGCUUCUGGACUAAUAUCGAGCAAGACAUCGAUGCACCAACGCGUGGACAAGCUGGAAGAUAAGGCCGAAGUGUUGACCAGGGAGCUGUUCGCCUCUCGACAAGAUUUGCACGACACUCUCGAGGAAAAAGCCCAUUUGGAAUCCGAAGUGAUCCAGAUUAAGCAAAUGCUUCGCUCCACUCUAGACCAGGCUGCAGACGAGCGGGCCAGAUUCCAGAGUUUACUUGCCACUUAUCGAGCCAUCGCUACCGAUCUGGUCAAGCGUCAUCAACUAUCAACCGCCACUCACGAAAAUGGUGGUCCCCAUACCCUCAAGUGCGAUGCAUCUCAAGACAGUUCCACCUCCACAACCUCCUUAAGUCCCGACUCAGACGCGCUGUAUCUACGCCUCCUUUGGGUUUUGAUUCAGCAGUCUUCUCAGUGUGUCACGUGUGCCCCUGUUUUGGAUGCCAUGGUUUCCAAUUGGAGAUGUGCUGAGUCUACCGACAUGAAUGGAACCGGAGAUGCAGUUAUGGAACUUGGCACACAGUCUUCUCCGGUUGAACCCACCUUGGAAGGACCCGUCAAAUGUAGCUCGUCACAAAGCGACCGUCUACAUGACGAGAUACCCCCACCCGAAUCGUACACCCCUUCAGCUCUGCGCAAUCUGAAGCCUAAACAAUGGUUGACAGACGCACUGACCACACUACGCUCCAUGGCGAGUAUGGACAAUCCGACUGGUGCUAGUGGUAACACUUGUCCACGACUGUCCACUGUCCGAACGUCAGCACCCGCGGUGGAUACGACGUCACAUCCCAACGGCUGCUGAUUGUGUUAUCAUACUCCCUCACUUGCCCGUUUGACCUGCCACUUGGUUGUGUUUUCCACCUUGUACAUAUUCAUCCUGUGGGGCUUUCAUUACUCUGCUUUUGAUGUCAUCCACGAAUUACACCAGAGGAUUUCACAUUCAAUUACUCUUUUACCGCGAGAUUUAUCGUGUUUGCGUCGUGCUGAUCAGAUUCAACUUCUAAUUUGAACCAAAAACCUCUUCAUCUUUGUUCCUUCUUCUCCGGUUAAUAUGAACACUAAUCUGUUUUAAUCAUUUUUCAUCAGCGUCUUUUGUUCACUGAACUUUGAAGCGUCCGUUUCCGGAUUCGUUAGUUGUUUCACUUUUUAAUCUUCACUUGGGUGCCGUGUCUGCAGAUAGAUCAUGGGUGGCUUGCACUGCACUGCACGCAGUUCCAUCUACACAUUCAAUGCCAACUCGAUGGAUUCAGGACGAGAGCCACACGGAUAGAAGUGGUCCUUGAUUAACGGUUGGCUGACACUUUCUCGAUAUGAUUGUCCUCCAUUAACUGAUUACUUGGUGUAUCGACCCAAAGGUCCUCAGCUUCAUAACGUCUAGUUAUGUAAACCACGUGGUUA